AUGAACAGUAAGCAGUAUUCGUCCAUGAACAACAAUAGCAAUCAAAAUUAGCAGAUAGAUUUGAUGGCGUCUACCAAAUAGCAUCUACUAAAUUUAAAGCAAAACAACUCGAUAGAUGCCCAGUAGUUUAACCUGUCUAGUUAGGAUAAUCUUUAUAAUUCAGUCACCACUUAGAAAGAGCAAAUGCUUAAGAAAUUAUUAGAAUCACAAGAGACCUACAUUUAAGAAUUGGAGAUUAAAAAUAAAGACCUUAAAGACCAAAUAGUAAUCCUAACCAAUAGCAAUCUUGGAGGGAAUAAGAUGAACUUUGACCAUAGUGAUCCAUUCUAGGGUGCUAAUAUCGAUCUUAACUAUUUAGAGAGACCUGAGUUCAGCUCUUUGGAUAAGUCUCAAUACCUUAUGGAUAAGGUCUCACCUAUUUCUGGCAUCAUAUACCAAUCAUUAACCCAGUUAAAGAUUUCUAUAAGUCUAGAAUAGUAGCUGCUGAGAGAGGAGUUUAAAUAUAAAGAUAAUGUGAGUAGACAAGGUAAUUAAAUGAUGAAAAGAGAGCGACAGGAACUGUAAGAGGAGUUUGAAAGCAUAGAAAAUUAGUAUAGGCUUUAGAUAAAAGGCUUAGAGCAUGAGAUUCGCAUCUUAAAGGAUAUAUAACACUAAUCUGUGAGAUUAGAGAAGGACUAAGAGGUGAGACUGAAAAUGGUCGAAGAGCUAGAUUAAUUAGUAAUGGGUCAUAAGCGUAGAGAAGAGGACUUGAGUAAAGAAAAUCAAGUCAUCAAACUUAAACUUGAUAAGGCUUUCAAUACAUUAUAAGACCAAAUAGCAUAAAAUGAGACUUCAAAAGCAAGACAUGAAAGAUUAAUGCUAGAGAAAGACGCAUAGCAUUAAUCACAGUAUCAGUAGCUUCAAAAACUCUUGAAGGAUACCAUUAAAGAGCUUUAAAGGUAAAAAUCAAUUCAGCAAGUAUCUUCUAAUUAAUUUACAAUCCAAAAUGACUCAUCUAUUAACAAUAUUGAUCCAAAUAACUAAUCUACUAAUUUGACGUUGCUAAACAAUAAUAAAGAUAAAACUUAAAAGCUGACUGAGGAAGUCGAAUAGUUCUUAUCAAAUUAAAACAAUAACGCCUAGAAUUCAGAUAAUGUAUCUAAUAAUGGGAGCAAUAGUGCAUUUGAUAGUAUGAAACAUUUAAAGGCUUAAUUAGAAAACUAGGAAAAGGAGGCGUAGCAUUGGCGUGAAUGUGUGGCUAAAAUGGCUGAUAAAUUCAAAGACUAGCAGGAUAUCUAUGAUGAGAAACUGAGAGUGAUCUAAAUAGAGAAGAAAAAUCUUUAGGAAGAGUUAAGAUAAUUCGUUAAGAUAGCUGGUGAGCGGGAGAACUUAUUGACUAAGGAAAAUAACUAGUUGAAGGCAAGUAAUAAGCAAUUAAUGGGGUUAAGUGAACUAAGAGAAAAAUUACUAUAGGAGGAAUUGAUAGCAAUAAAGUCAGAGAUAAAGAAUAUACAGAAGAGUUACGGGGAGAGGGAGCUCUAGCAUACCAAGGAAAGAGAUAUGUUCUAGAAAGAGAUUGAGGAGUAUCAAAUAUUAGUGGACUAAAUUCAUCAUUAAAUUGAAAAUCAAAGACAAAUGGGCGCAAAGAGUCCAAAUGAACUUCAGAUGCUGCAGAGUUUGGCAAUAAAUCUCCAAAAGCAGUUGGGUGAUGCGAACGACUUGCUAGGUAAAAAUGGGUUGAGCAAUUCUAAAAGUGUCAAGGAUUUAUUCUUAUCUAAGCUUGACAAUCACAUGAUAGAGCAAAAGAGAAGGUUUGAAGAAUAAAUCUAGGGUGUGAAUUUAAUCCUUUAGAGCCAAAAAGAGCAUCAAGAGUAUAUGCUAUAGGAACAGGAAGCCUAAGAUCCCAUGCAAAUUAGGCAGUUUAAUAAGAUUCUGAAUUGUUUACAAUCCAUUAUCAAUUCUGAGUCAUCUUAGAAUAAGUCACAAUCGUCUAAGUAUUAACCUUAGAAUUCAUAAAUUACUCAGAAAAAAGGCUAAGGGCUGAAUAAUAACAACAGCGGUAGCAAUCUAGGAUAGGGCAGCAAGUAAAUGUAGGAUUAUUAUCAAUAAGAAUGCGAGCAAAUGUGGAAUCACAUCUAGCUUCUUGAAUAGGAGAAGUAGCAACAGAUAGUGAACAUUGAGAGUCUCUCUGCCUUUAUCAAUAAUCUCAUGAAUCAGUAACAGGAUUAGCAUAGAAAAUAUGGAGAGUCAUUUGAGAUGCAUCAGUAAGCUAUUUAGACACUUUAGCAAUUGAUCAGUAAUUAGUUCGUGGAGUUUGAAAACCUGAGACUUAUAGAGUUGAAAGCAUUCCAAGAAUCACAAAAUUAGUAAUCUAUCAUAUCUCGUGAAUCUUCAGCUAAGAGCUUUGGAGGCAACAACAACCCUCCAUUAACCUCUAAAUAGUCUUAGUAAAACAACAUAAACAAUCAGUUGAGCCAAUAGAUCCAGAACUGGCAGCGUGAGCGAACGCUUUUAUUUGAAGAGAUUACCCUCUUACGUUCUUAAAUUGAGCUCUUUAAUCGCAAUUACUCACAUAUAAUGUCCAUUAGAUAGCAAGAAUUCUAGAUAUUGAAGUCUGAGAGGAAAGAGCUGCACUUGAUUCAAUCAGAACUAUAGCAAGUAAUAGAGGAUCAUCAGAGUAUAGAUCGAGUGGCUGAAGAUUACAGACACAAAAAGCAAGACUUCAUGAUGGUCAGUGAGGAGUAGAUAGUGGUGGAACUGACUCAGCAGAAUGAGAUGCUGGAGGAUAGGUUAAGAUAGGAGAAGCGCCUGCAUGAAGAGGAGUUGAUGCAGAUGAAUGUGAACUUCGAGGCUAAGAUCAUUGAGCUUAAGGAGAAGGAAGCCUCUAAGGACUUCUUUAUUAAUAAGUUGACUAGAGAAUUGGAACUGGUGCAAAGUGAGUACAGCGCUUAUACAGCAAGAAAUGAUCAGAUAGUACUGGGUUUAAAUAAAGAAAUCGAGAGACUGAGAAAGUUCCUUAAUGAUAGACAGCAGGACUACAACUAUCAGAGAUAGAAGAUGGGCAGCUAGCUGAAGAAGAUGAAAGAUACCAUUAAGGAAAAGGACGAAGAGGUCAACUAAGUCAAGAAUGAAAAGUACCAGAAGUACUUGAAACUUUUAAAUACAAAUAACAACAGUACUCAUACUAAUAAGUGA